AUGCCGCCUCGCAAACCUUAUUGCCCAAAACCCCACCCCCCCCUUCCUGCUAUCCGCAAACCCGGCACCAUGACGCCCGCACUCCCCGCCUCCUUGCUCCGCGCACCGGGUGUGGACGUGCCGCCGACCGCGGCAACGCCCUUGCGCCCCAACCUGUGGGCGGUGCUGCGCGACUCGGUCGGCAUGGACCUGACGCGCAUCGCGCUCCCGGUCUUUUUCAACGAGCCGCUGUCCUUCCUGCAGCGCCUGGCAGAGGACCUAGAGUACUACCACCUGCUCGCGCGCGCGGCCGCUGCAGGACCCGGCCCGACUCGCACCGCGCUCGUCGCAGCCUUCUUUGUCAGCCACUACUCCAGCACCGCGCACCGGGCAUCCAAGCCAUUCAAUCCCCUCCUGGGUGAGACGUUCGACCUCGUCGUCCCCGGCGCUUUCAGGCUCGUCGCGGAGCAGGUCGCGCAUCAUCCACCGAUCAGUGCUAUUCACGCUAGCGGUGACGGAUGGACUUAUCACACCGCGCAUGAGAUCAAGAACCGUUUCAAGGGCAACUCCUUGGAGGUGUGGCCGGAGGGCAAUGUCUAUGUCACUUUUGAUGAUGGCGAUCACUAUGUGUACGAGCAGGCGCAUACGUAUGUUCAUAAUAUCAUCGUGGGCGGGCUGUGGUUGGACAAUGUGGGCACGGUGGUCAUCAGGGAGGUGAGCAAAGGUAAGCUGUUGGCGAGCGUUAAGCUGAAGAGAAGCGCGCUGUUGUUCGGGGAGGCGAAGAAGGUGGGGGAUUUUUCUGGCAAAGUGUGCGAUGUGGGCAAGGGGGGGAAGGCGGGGAAAGUAUUGAUGAAGAUGGACGGCAACUGGAACAGCGAGGUCAGGGUGGACGGAAAGUCUGUCUGGACGGCGACGCAGAGGCCGACCAAGAAGGACACGGCGGGCCACGCCAUGACGGCGUGGGCGUGGGGUCUGAACACCAAGCUAGAGCCCGGGGUAGUGGGAAGCGAGGUGCCGAAGACCGAUUCGAGGCUCAGACCGGAUCAGCGCGCGCUCGAGGAAGGCCGCUAUCGCGAGGCCGCCGCGGAGAAGGAGAGGCUCGAGGAUGCCCAGAGGAGGAAGAGGAAAGAAGGCGUGUGUGAAAGGCCCAGGUGGUUCGAGCUGGUAGACGAGGCCAGUACGGGGAGGAAGGAAUGGAAAUAUCGCGGAGGAUACUUUGAGUGCAAGAGGGAGAGAUCCUGGCCCGACGACUUGCCUGAUAUCUUUUGAGGCAUUCAAAUGUUUUAAUUGUUGCGUGGGGGGGGGGGAGGGGUCGCUAAUGGGUCGAGAGUCUGCGUUUUUUCGAAGCGGCUCCGAAUGAGGGGCAUGGUUUUGGCGAUAGCAGACCAAACUGUAUUAUUAUCGUAGAUUGUAGUUGCAAAGUGUGAAUGCCUGCCUAAGGAGAUGUGCUA